AUGGAAAAUACACGUUCAUUGCCAAUGACCGAUUCAUUCAUGGUCUCCGCACCAGGAAAAGUCAUCGUUGUGGGUGAACAUGGCGCAGUAUACGGCCAGCCUGCCAUUGCUGCGGCUAUCUCACUAAGAUCCUAUCUUUACGUCAAAACCUUUUCUGAGUCCAACCGUUCCAUCACACUGGACCUCAAAGACAUCGGCUUGCGUCACACUUGGGACAUCGACAGUCUGCCUUGGCCGGCCUCCAAUUAUGCCUCCUUCGAGAGCAAACUAUACCAAUGCCACGGUCCUUAUCUCGACAAAAAGCUGCUCGCCUCCAUUAAACCGCUUGUGGAAUCAAUUUCUCCACAUCUUCCGCUAAAACAGCGAAAGAUACACCAUGGAUCAGCCACAGCGUUUCUCUACAUCUACCUCUCUCUGGGUUCCCCGCAUAGUCUCGGAUUCAAGUAUACACUGCGUUCCACGAUUCCAGUCGGUGCUGGCCUGGGUAGUAGCGCGAGCGUUUGCGUCUGCUUUAGCGUUGCGUUGCUCAUUCAAGGAAAUUUUCUGGCCCGUAGUAACUUGGAGGAAGAAUUAAAAUGCAUCAACAGCUGGGCAUAUGCAGGAGAGCUCUGCAUCCACGGAGAUCCGAGCGGAGUUGACAACACGGUCUCGUGUCUGGGGAAAGCAGUGCUCUUCCGCAAGAUGACUGACGGAACUUCGUCCGUCGAACCUCUCGAUAACUUUCCAACACUACCCCUUCUCCUCAUCAAUACCAAACAGCCGCGUACGACGGCCCAACAGGUCGAGAACGUGCGAAAGCUUAAGACAUCGAACCCGGAGGUAAUUGAAUCAAUCUUGAGCACCAUCGGCAUUGUCGCAGAGGAGGCGCUGAAGUUCCUCUCAUCUGUCAACACCCAAUUCGAUGACGGAAAGAACAGCGCGGCUAUUGAGAAAUUGGGGGAACUGUUUUGCAUAAAUCAAGGACUUCUGUCUAGCCUUAACGUCUCACACCCCUGCCUUGAUCGCGUGGGUUACCUCGCAAAGACUGCAAAGGUAGGCUGGGCAAAGCUGACUGGUGCUGGAGGCGGCGGUUGUGCCAUUGUUUUGCCCCGGGUGGGCGUUAGCCCUGAUGACUUAAAGGCAUUCGAACAGGACAUCAAGAAGGAGGGAUUCGAGAAGUACGAGGUUGUCUUGGGUGCAGCUGGUGUCGCUGUGCGUGGGCGCACCCUCUUCGGAAAUUGGACAGACGAAGGGCAAAAUGUCGCACAGAUAGACGAGGAGAAGUUUGCAAAUGCUGUUGAUGCCCGAGCGAUUGAGGAGCUGGUCGGUCUAGGUGAGCAGAGAACUGAUGUCGGAUGGCUGUUAUGGAGAUGA